CACUCGACGGUGACCGGACUGACUGCCAAAAAAAGAUCGAAAAAUGACUCAAAUAUUGACGACCUGAUGCCAUACAGGAAAGUAGUGCCAUGCAUUGUUUGUUGAUCAAGCAGAUGAGAAGUUUGGUGAAAUUCAAGCAUUCGCUGACCAAACAUUUUGUGAUCGGAGUGGCAUACUCUACGUUCAACAUGAGCCAAGCUAGACAGUCUUCCAGGCAUCCUGAUGGGAUUCAUCGACUUCCGUUCCAGUGGCUCAAACUGAGAGCCCCUGAAUUCAGAGUCAAUGGAGAUCAAAUAACAAUCCUACAGGAGCCAUCAGAAUUCUACAAUGCAAUUAAGGAUAAUAUUGGUUUUUCAAAGAAGAGCAUUGUUUUAGCAUCUCUUUACCUUGGUGAUGGACCUAUGGAAGCAGAACUGGUGAAAUCACUACGUGAUGCGUGUGAGAGAGCUGAGAGUGAAGGGGACGACCUGUGUGUUCACGUCCAUCUGGACUGUGUCCGAGGAUCGCGAGGAGCGAAGAACUCCCGCACCAUGCUGCAACCGCUCUUGAAGGAAUUCAGGGAUCGAGUAACGGUAUCUCUCUACCACACCCCUGAGCUUAGGGGGGUAAAGAAGGCUCUUAUCCCUGAAAGAUUCAACGAGGCCAUCGGUCUCUCCCAUCUCAAAGUCUACACCUUUGAUGAUAAUUUACUUAUGUCAGGGGCCAAUUUAAGUGAGAUGUAUUUCACCAACAGACAAGACCGUUGCAUCCUUAUCAGGAACUGUCCUGAGUUAGUAAACUUCUUCAACAAACUGGUCCUUGCUGUCGGCUCUCUGUCUUUCCAACUCCAUCCAGAUAAUUCAUUAAGUCUCUAUUCAGCCAACAGCAUUCACCCAUUUGAAGGAGAUUUUGAGGAAUUUAAGUUGAGAGCAUUCAACAAAAUACAGAAUGUUCUAGAAUCCCAAGAUGAUAGCCAUAGCUCAGAGUCACUAAGAACAUGGCAGAGGACAGUCAUAGAAGGGAGUGAAAGCAAUCGUACAACGGACAGUCUCCAAGAAUCAAGAACUGACCAAAGCUAUCAAGAACAGGCUCCAUUAGGAAGUCUUUUAGUAGCUCAAGAGUCAAGAGGUGUGCAUUAUAUAUAUGAUGAAUCGGCGAGUAUUAGAACUAAGCACUCUGACAGAGAACAAGCGAGCAGUUCAGGAGAAUCUCAGGGAGACAGUUUCCAUGGUCAUCCGAGACAGGGUAGAACUGAAAGUGAUUCUGUCGAGGAAACGGUGGAUCAGGUCAAAGUUCACCUGCAGGAUGAGGAAGCCAUACACGUCGGGGGGCACGAUACUCAAUAUGGAACAAAUACCAUGCAAAAAACUUCAGAUGACUCAAGAACAACAACGGAAAUGAAAGGCCUUGAGGAUCAGGUCAAAAACAUCAAGGAGGCUGACACUGUGAUUUAUCCUUUGGUUCAGAUGGGUCCUCUAGGUAUAAUAGUAGACCAGGAGGUUACUAUACAGCUGCUUGGAGAAGGUGAUCCUGCAGCAGUGUGCUACUUAGCAUCAGGGUACUUCAAUCUCACAUCACAGUACAUGGAUACCAUCUUGCAGUCCAAUGCUACCUUUGAAAUGCUGAUGGCUUCUCCUCAGGUCAAUGGAUUCUAUGGCUCCCGUGGAAUAUCAGGAUACGUCCCUGACUCGUAUACCUUUAUCGCUAGCCAGUUCUUCAAAGCUAUCAACCAGUGUCAACAGCAGCGUAGGAUAACACUAUAUGAGUAUUACAGAGAUGCUUGGACAUUCCAUGUUAAAGGUUUGUGGUAUUAUCUUCCUGAAGAGAGUCACCCUUCUCUUACUCUCAUUGGAUCUCCAAACUUUGGUCAUAGGUCAGUUCAUCGUGAUCUUGAGGCUCAACUUGCCAUCGUAACCCAUAAUGCCUCACUCAGGAAGCAGUUACAUGAGGAACAUGAACGGCUUUAUGCAAGAUCAGAAAAAGUAUCAGCUAACACAUUCACUCAACCAGAGAGGAGAGUACCACUUUGGACAAGAUUGGUUACCAUAGUAACUCGUAACUUCUUUUGAAACAAGAAUUUGAGCUUUGAAAAGGGCGGUGUAAGUCCAGAGUGCUGAAUGGGAUAUUUUUGUUAUGUUAUGGUGUUAUAAAUGA